AAUCCCCGGGGCUUGUAUUUCCUUCUUCCCACCGGGGCCUUCCCCUCCCCGCCCCCCGGCCUCUUCCUCCGCCCCCCGAGAAACCCAGCCCCUGCCCGGACGCGCAUUGCCCACCCGGCCGGGAAGCCGAGCAGAGGGCGGGGAAGGGGCUUCCCCGGUGCAGGCUAGCGGAGCAUGGGCUCCCCUGGGACGCCGGAGCGAGCCCUCGGGGCGGCCCGGGGGUAAGCCCAGGAGCGACCGGCAGCUCCCGCGGAGAGCGGGGCGCAACUCCCCGGCGGUGGGCAGCCUGGGCCGGACUCCAGCAUGCCCGUGCGGAGGGGCCACGUGGCCCCGCAGAACACCUACCUGGACACCAUCAUCCGCAAAUUCGAAGGGCAGAACCGCAAGUUCCUCAUCGCCAACGCCCAGAUGGAGAAUUGCGCCAUCAUCUACUGCAACGAUGGCUUCUGUGAGAUGUUCGGCUACUCCCGGGUGGAGGUCAUGCAGCGCCCCUGCACCUGCGACUUCCUCACCGGGCCUGAGACCACCAAAAACUCCAUCGCGCAGCUGACGCAGGCCUUGCUGGGAUCCGAGGAGUGCAAGCUAGAGAUCCUCUACUACAGGAAAGACACGUCGUGCCUCCGGUGCCUGGUGGACGUGGUCCCGGUGAAGAACGAGGAAGCAGCCGUCAUCAUGUUCAUCCUGAACUUUGAGGACCUGGCCGAGCUCAUCGCCAAGAGCGCCAGCCGGAGUCUCCACCAGCGACUGUCCCAGGGCUGGCGCCAAGGUCAAGGUAAGAGGUUGAAGUUUAGUCUCCCGUCCCUGCGGCGACUCAAAAUCCAGCGGAAAUCUCUGCCCACCAGUGAGUUUGAUGGAGUAGCCAUUGACUAUGGAAAGCCCAGGGGCGACUCCCUGAUUCUGAGGGACUUGAAGACUCCUCCCAAGGAGAACUGUGUCCAGUCAGAGACCGAGUCCCUCCUGGAAAAGGAGAGGAGGUCGAGCCUGGAGGCCGUCCCCACCGUGCAUCACUCAUCCCCGAAACGAGAGCCUCCCUUCUUGGGCCCACCGGGGUCUGACGCUGCUUGGGGCUUGGUUCGGCCUCGCCCCGAGGGCAACCUCCGCAGGGUCUCCUCCUUGGACAACUUUGAGGUCACCAGGUCUGAGUUCCAGAGAAAAUUCAGGGAGAGGAGGGCGAACUCAGAGGCCUCCCAAGUCAAGCCCAACCCCCAGAACUCCACCUCGGACUCAGACCUCACGAGGUACCGCACCAUCAGCCAGAUUCCGCAGUUCACCCUCAACUUUGUGGAGUUCAACCUGGAGAAGCACCGCUCGGGCUCCACCACUGAGAUCGAGAUCAUCGCGCCCCACAAGGUGACGGAGCGUACGCAGAACGUCACCGAGAAAGUCACACAGGUCCUGUCGCUGGGCGCGGAUGUCCUCCCGGAGUACAAGCUGCAGGCGCCGCGGAUCCACCGAUGGACCAUCCUGCACUACAGCCCCUUCAAGGCGGUGUGGGACUGGCUGAUCCUGCUGCUGGUCAUCUACACGGCCGUCUUCACGCCCUACUCGGCCGCCUUCCUGCUCAACGAGGAGCAGGAGGAGAAGCGCUGGAACUGCGGCUACUCCUGCAACCCACUCAACAUCAUCGACCUCAUUGUGGACAUCAUGUUCAUUGUGGACAUCAUCAUCAACUUCCGCACCACCUAUGUCAACAUCAACGACGAGGUGGUGAGUCACCCUGGCAAGAUCGCCAUCCAUUACUUCAAGGGCUGGUUCCUUAUCGACAUGGUGGCUGCCAUCCCCUUUGACCUGCUCAUCUUCCGCUCCGGCUCUGAUGAGACCACCACGCUGAUCGGGCUGCUGAAGACAGCCCGGCUGCUACGCCUGGUGCGUGUGGCCCGCAAGCUGGACCGCUACUCCGAGUACGGGGCGGCCGUGCUCUUCCUUCUCAUGUGCACCUUCGCCCUCAUCGCCCACUGGCUGGCCUGUAUCUGGUACGCCAUCGGCAACGUGGAGCGGCCCUACAUGGAGCACAAGAUUGGCUGGCUGGACAACCUGGGCGACCAGAUCGGCAAGCGCUACAAUGACAGCGACCUCUCGUCUGGCCCCUCCAUCAAGGACAAGUACGUCACGGCGCUCUACUUCACCUUCAGCAGCCUCACCAGCGUGGGCUUCGGCAACGUCUCCCCCAACACCAACUCUGAGAAGAUCUUCUCCAUCUGUGUCAUGCUGAUUGGCUCUCUGAUGUACGCCAGCAUCUUCGGCAACGUCUCUGCCAUCAUCCAGCGCCUGUACUCGGGCACGGCCCGCUACCACACCCAGAUGCUGAGGGUGAAGGAGUUCAUCCGCUUCCACCAGAUCCCCAACCCCCUGCGCCAGCGCCUGGAGGAGUACUUCCAGCACGCCUGGUCCUACACCAACGGUAUCGACAUGAACGCGGUGCUGAAAGGCUUCCCCGAAUGCCUGCAGGCUGACAUCUGCCUCCACCUGAAUCGCACCCUGCUCCAGAACUGCAAGGCCUUCCGGGGGGCCAGCAAGGGCUGCCUCCGAGCCCUGGCCAUGAAGUUCAAGACGACUCACGCGCCUCCCGGAGACACCCUGGUGCAUUACGGGGAUGUCCUGACCACCCUCUACUUCAUCUCCCGCGGCUCCAUCGAGAUUCUCCGGGAGGACAUUGUGGUGGCCAUCCUAGGGAAGAACGACAUCUUUGGGGAGCCCAUCAGCCUCUAUGCCCGGCCUGGGAAAUCCAACGCAGAUGUCCGGGCACUGACCUACUGCGACUUGCAUAAGAUCCAGCGGGAGGACCUCCUGGAGGUCUUGGAUAUGUACCCGGCCUUUUCCGACAACUUCUGGAGCAACUUAGAGAUAACCUUCAACCUGAGAGAUGCAGACAGCAUCCCCCGCUCGCCGCUCAGCGAGGACUACGACUGCUCCUACCGCCGCGUGCGCCGGCGCAAGCAUUCCCUCUGCCGGCCCCCCAAGACCGACCCGGACGGGCUGGACACGGGCAUCUCGGAUGCCGAGCCGUACCACACCUACUCGGAGCUCACCAACCUGCAGGGCCCCCUCAGCAAGGACCAGUGGGAUGACCUGUGCAGCAGCACCACGCCUUGCUCGCAGACCAGCGAUGAGGAGGCCAAGCCCCUCAGCCCCACCGAGGCCGAGCCCUCUCCUGACUCCGACAAGGACGACUUUGCCCCAGCCGUGCUCAGCCUGGUCACCCCCAGCGCCAGUGGCACCGAUGUCAGCAAGCAGGCGGCGGACGACAGCCAGUCCUACGCGGCCACCCCCGGGGACGUUCCAAACAUGUUCGCCUUCUGGGAGGACAGACAGCCAAAUCUCCACCCAGAGCCCCUGCCGCACGCGUCCUUGGUCCACAACUCCCGGGCCAACCCUCUGCGCUUGGACUACGGGCAGGGUCAGAUCGAAUCCCGACUGGAGCUCCUGCAGGCUCAGCUCAGCAGGCUGGAGUCCAGGAUGUCUUCGGAUAUUAAUAUAAUCCUCCAGCUCCUGCAGCGCCAGCUGUCCCAAGUGCCGCCCGCUUACAGCCCCAUCUCGCCGUCCUCCCACAGCCUGGCCAUGUACAGCAUGGGCCCGAGGGGCAUGGAGCCUGCUCCACCGUGCACGCCGCUGCAGGAGAAGGACCUGACUCCUCCCGGGGAGAGCCCAAGCUACACAGAGAUAGAAAAGUUCCAGAUGAAAUCCAGGGACUCCUUGUCAAGCGGGGUACACCUGUUGGCAGCCUCAGAGAAAACCAUCUACUCCCAGCCAGAACUCCAUUCCCAGACCUUCCCCAACCCAGAGCCCCACCAGAGGGCAAUAAACACACGGGGACUCUUCCGUGGCUCUCGUUUCCCUUCUCUCCCCGAGCAUCUUGAAGCCUCUUCCGAGCACCUAGACAUUCAGAGACAUCUCUCCGACCCGGUGCUUCCCGGCAGUUAGAGACGCACAUGCGCCAAACCAAGCCAAGAGGAACCGCAACUGAGAACUGGUUUCGCUGAUUUCAGUUUUGACUGUGGGGGCAAGACGGGGAGGACAAUGUUAUUGGCUCAGGGGUACACUUUGUAGCUGUCUUCUGCCCCGGUGGAGGGGAGUGGAGAGAGUUCAGAGAUCAUUGUUCUCCAAAGGCUUAUGUAGAGUAGAUUCAAAUUGCACAUUAUAGAGUGCACCCAACGCGGCUCUUUUUGAUGGCCACCAAGAAGCCAACGGGCUGGAGGAGCCAGAUGGCACCAGCCUCCUCUUCCUCGCCAAGGCUUCCUCCCUGUGUUGGUGCCACCAAAAUGGGCCACAACUGCAGGAGGAGAGUGAAUGCACGGCUGGGAGGCCACCUUGCUGGCAGGUCUAUGGGGCGGGGACCACCGCGACAUCUGUGUUCAUACCGCGCCUAGCACCACGGGACCUUUGUGCACCACCAUACUGGGGCUGUUCAUCCUGGAGACGAUGUUGUCUGGAGGAGGAGAGGGAAAGAGGGAUAAAUGGCAUCAGAUAGUGGGAGAAUGAAGGAGCUGGAGGUGUAAGGUCCAGAGGAUGGGCAGAGGAGAGGAGUAAUCCCUGUCCUACCUGGCUGUCAUUAAGAAACGAGGGUGGUGGUUUCCCCUCUAGCACGCUUCAGCACAGGUCCCUGGCCAGCAGCCCGUAGAGCAAGGCUGACCGUAAGCUUCAGCCAGGCGUGAGACGCUUUCCUCCAGCCCGCAUCCGACUCUUGCAAAGCCCCCGUAGCGUCCCAGACAAACUCAACUGUGACCCGGCGUGAGUGGAAAGCACAAAACCCAUAAGCACAAUUCCGGAAAGCAGAAAAGCAAAACCAACCCCCAGACGCGUUGUUUUCAGCUCUCGCCCGGAGAUUGUCUCCUUUGAUAAUGGUUUCAUAGAUGCUCCCCUACACACACACACCGAGGGACCCUGUUGCUCCCCUGCAGGAGAAAACCCGCCUAGCAAUGCUGCCUUCCACUCGGUUAGAUGCUGUAGAGGUAGUCUCGGCCGCCGGCUCACACCAUGUUGAGCUCCCUGUGAGAAUAGCAAGACUGUGAGCGUUUCUUAGUGUCCACUUUGCUAAUAAAUGUUUUUUGGCACCUAA